AUGACGUCAUCGGUAAGAUUGAUUUCGGUACGUAAAAUUCCGGAAGCAUCAACUGAGAAUGAAUUUAUUUGGGUAUAUCAGAUGAAUGAUAAAUGGACACCUUUUUCUGACACUGCAUCAUCAGUCAUCGAAAAAGCCUUUCGUCAUGGCUUUGAAGAAAUAUUUAUUAAUGAAAUUUAUCGCAUUGAUUUAAAGCAUUUCGUACAAGAACAUAUUGAUGAUCGAAACUGUAAACAAUCAAUUAGACGUCGACGACGACAUCUUCUUAAAUCAUCAGCUUCAAGCGAUGAAGCAAAUGAAGAUGAAUCUCGACGUUGUGAACGAUUCUCAUUUCCUUUGGGAUUAGUUUCAAGCUGUAGUGUAAGUGUGGAUACAAAUUAUUAUGGUUCACCAUUUAUUGCAGAAUGGUUUCUCGUAUUCACGAACAGAAAACGGAAAAUUACAUUUAAUUCUAUUUUUCCUGCCCUUGUACAAGGCUUACAGGAGGAAGGAAAAACCGAAUCAGAACGCGUGGUACGCAAUAUCACGGAUACUUUAAAUAAGAUCAGAGAUGAAAGUUUCCGAAAGAGGGAGAAAAACAGAAUGAAAGAGCUGGAAAUUUGCUGUGCAAAACUUUAUACAAAAUCAUGUUUUAUUUAUCAUACAGUCAACAUUGCAUUGCGCGACAAUGAUCAUACUAAGCUGCGUACUCUUGGACCUUAUUGCUUUCUCGUUUUCAACUACAUCGGCCGACACCUCAACGAUGAUUUUUCGAUUCGUCGUCGUUUUCGACAAACUCUUCGUCCGACCAAAUUUCAAUUAACUACUGUCUUUCGUGGUGAUUAUAUUUCUCACGAAAUUAUACAAGAAUAUCAACAGGCCGUUGGAAAUAACUCUAAAUAUUUUAAAUGGCUCUCAUUUGUUUCCACUUCGCGUGAUCAAGAUGUUGCUGAAUCCUUUGCACGAAAUGUUUUGUACAUUAUUGAAUUACAACAUUACUCAUUGAACGAUCAAUUUGUAGACCUGUCGACAAUCAGUUGUCAUCAAGAGGAAAACGAGAUCCUAUUACAACCAGGAGUGCGAUUUCAAGUGGUCAAAGUAGAAUUUGAUGAUAUGAAGGGUAUAAACUUAGUUCAUAUUAAGAUUGUUCCAUCGUAUGUGUCCACUUUAACAUGA